AUGUCCCGAGCCUCGAAACUCACCCUUGCGGCAACAUCGCUCUUUGCUGCCAGCACCAUCGUCGUCCUGACCAAAGACUUGCAGGCCAUGCACCAAGGAGUUGUUCGCGAUAUUGAACAGCAGCGCAUCAAACGAGAGCGCCAACUCGACUUUGACAUGCAACGCGCUCUUGAAGAAGAGUACAAACGAGAGCAGACGGUCCGAGAUGUGACUGCGUCCAUACCACCCGAC